CUCAAAGUCAACAAUUGGAUCUGCAACAAUCCUCUGCCAUCACCAUUCGCCAAGAACAGGCUCGUAUACCUAACGAUAUGCCGAUUUGUACGCGUCGAUGACUUGAAGUUUGAUCCCUGAGAAAUGGCUUCGGUCACUUCGUUAGGCUUUCAUCAGCCUACAGGGCUACAAUAUGCGAUACAAGAACGGCUUGUGCCUCCCGAUCCGCCCAGCGAUUCCUACAAGUGGCUCAACUAUUGCGAAGAACAUGCAGGGGGAUCAUUCGACGAUGAUGAGCUCCUUGUCGCUCCGCGAUGUGUUAUAUGGUCUCGAGGCGGUAUUUUUCGAAAGAGCUACAAAUUCGAUUUGGAGAACGAGGAUGUCACUCAGGCUCUACUGACGACUUUUCCAAGUCUUGGACCUCUUGCUGCCAAAGAAAAGAAUCUACCCCUGGAGAUACGGAGUCAGGAACGCAGGGAAACCGCAGUCGUCGUCUUUCUGAAAACCCAGGCGCACGUCUAUUUUCUUUCCGGCACCAGCCAUGUUAUACAUCUGCCAUUUGAGGUUGAGUCGGCCUCUGCUACUCCGAAUGGCCUAAUCAUACAGCGCAAGCUUCGAGUAGACAAUCUGGUGGCAGCUUCCCUCAAGUUUCCACGAGUGCCACCGAACUCCUUCGUCUCUUCCCAACCACAGCCAUUUUCUGCUGCAAGCUCGCAACAAUCUACCUUUUCUAUAGCAGAUCUCGGAGCGCCAAAGCAGAUGACCAUACCACACUCAACCCUGAAGGACAUGUGGGAUCCUCCAUCAUUGAAGAAUGAUUCAAAUUGGCCACGCUUGUUUUCGCUGUCUGAUCCUCUUGCUGAGAUGGGCCUGGUCGUUUCGCAAGCGCCAAAAUCAGAGAAUCGCAGGCAUAGAAGAAGCUCAAUGAACAUCACGGCGUUGAAUACUGCAGAAGAGAUCCUUCAUGUAUCCCGUCGAGAUGAGUUUUCUCCGAAGUCAAGCAACAAUCCUCUAGUUCUUGCCCUGACCUUGAAUCGGGAGACAAGCAUGUAUACAGUCUGGAAAUUCGCUUAUAUCGGCGAAGAGUCUAGUACGCCGCAUAAACAGCGAGUUCCGAGCGGAACUAUGUCUCGGAGAAGAAGUUCCUUUGUGCCAGGCACAGGGACAGGCGCUACCACUCCGGUUGGGAAUGGACAGUCCACAUUGCGAGAGAGUCUUGGUGGUAAUGCUCCGAUAGCCAGCAGGAAGCCUGUCAAGAAUGAAGAGUCUAAAGACCAGAUCGCAGACCUGGUGUCUUCUCUUGAUCCUGAUUUCGAAAGUAAUGCAGUGCCAAGGAGGAAAUCAAGGCGGGUUAGCUCUAUGCUUGCCAGGGCAGAUCUGUCUGCAUCUCACGAACGAUCCGCUUUCUCAGAGCUAGCGACUGGUCAUCAACCUCUCCGACGUGGAGAGUCUCUGGGCAGCCAACAUGUCAGGAACAGUAUUGGUACCUAUGCAGGUGCGAGUGGGACAAGCUUCACACAGCCGACACAGUUCAAUCAGAGUCUUAACAGCUAUCUCGAAGCUCCAGUAGAUGAUUUAUUGGACGAAUUGCGUGCGGGAGGUGAUUUUGAAGGCUUCCACAACAUGGGCCUUGAUGACGAGGAGUUUGAUGCACUUAGACAGGAAAUUGUUCUUACACAUGUCAGCAGUGUCUCUGCAGAGCAUUCAAACGUUCGUUACUCAACACAGCAUGUGCCUGCUGCCGCUCAAUGUAAAAUAUUUACUCUUACAGCACCGCCAUCAGCUGCCGACGACAAACAAGGAAAUACUAUUGUAUUCUGCAUUCUCGAUCCUGACGAGAAGAAGCUGUUGGUGUUGACUCUCUACUUGAAAGUCCAUAAAGCCGAGACAGAUCUCAAUGCCAAUAACAUGGCUUCGUCCGAGAGAGACGUGAGCGUAGUCACUCUCGGUCAUAUCAUGAGAGCGAAAGGGGUAAUAGACGCCUGUCGAAUUGAUGACGGUGACGUAUCACGCAUUUUGGUCCUCACCGAAACACCAGAUGGUUACGGAGAACUCAGUCUACAAGCACCAUGGAGCGUUUUGAUGAAGGUGCCAUUACCUGGCCAGUUCAUGAUUAGCAAUACGCGGAUCUUAAGUCACAACCCCAUACCCCGCGCUAAACGAGAGGGUGGGUUCAAGCGGGUGCUUAGCCAGGGGCCACGUGCGCUUCAAGGACUACGGAAUGCGAAGCCAGGCGGAGUCGUUGAUCUACUCGAUGAUGAGGGAAAGAUGCACCAACUACAACUAGUGCUUCAACCUCGCAAUCCUCAUGUGCGAAGAAUUCUGGAGGUGUGCAGAGCUGUCCUUCCAGGUUCGAGAGGUGGAGAAGGGAUCUUGGUCUUCUGGUGGAACGUCAUACAGUGGAUUCGACUUGAGUCUAUGGACGUUGUUGAUACUGAAUGGUCGGCACUUACAAUCACAAUAUUCUGCUUGGCUCUUGCACUCGGUGUCACCUCCAAGGCGCAACCUCGACAGACACAUGCCAAGAAAAAGUCUCGUGGCUUUCUGAGAUCAAGUAGUGGAGCACAAUCAGACUUCGAGAACUGGGAUUUGAUGCAAAAUGAAGAGACAUCGAAUGGCAACCCGGUACCUGGAUGGGCAUCUAACAAUGGUUGGAAAUGGCUUACAGAAAUGGAGUCAGCAUCUCAAGAUACUGGUUCUUUGAGCUCAAUUUUCCAGCCAAACGGGGCUGACAAUCCUUCUCUUGUCCGAAAGCAUGUGAAACUUGCAAGGGAUUUCUCAAAUACGAAAUUUGGUCAAGAUUCAAUGUCGGGUUGUCUGCCUACAUCUGACAGCAAGAGCCUUGAAGUCAGAAAGGCUGCUCUCGCUGAUACGUUCGUUGGGCUUCAUCUCUGGAAUGAGGAACAGAAGUUAGAUACAACUAUGGCAGACUCUCUUUCAGCUGGUGUUGUAAGCUUGGGGCCGAUUUUGGCUCAACUUUCUAGGUGGUUGGGUUGGGACACUUGGAUUCAGUAUUAUGAGUUCGAGGAGGCUUCCUUGGUCGACUUGGACUUUGAUAAUGACUCUCCUAUAAGAUCGACGAUCCCUCAAACUUUCGAGUGUCCAGCAAUAUAUGACUGGAUUCAAGCUUGUCUGUAUUCCCGAACGCUCACUCCUUUCAUGACCCUUCCACAAUUUGUUGCAUCUCGGUCUGAGUCUUCUCGCAAGAAUGCUCAAGAUCUCGAGCAGUGGAACAAUCUGACACCCCGAACACUUCUCUUCGAACAAUUCUUCAGCAACAUGCAGCCCGGCUGGUCAGCUGUUCAAUUAGUGGAAACGCUAUCCUCCGCUGGAGCAGACUUACUUCUACUAGAGACUUUGCCCGAAACAAUCUUAGUACCUUUGCAAGAGGCCGUGAUACAAAGCCAGACAGAGCCUCCGGCCAACUGGAGUGAAGAGUUGCUAGCAUUGGUUGGUCGUGAAGAUGUCACAAUGCUAUUGAGACCUGGACAACGACCCCGUCAAAUACAAUCAACCCUAUUAGCACCAUCGCACGAAGCGAAUCUUGAUGUUCACGCGAUUUGCAAUUUUGCUGCAGAACCAGAAACGUCAGGACCAUUUGAUGGGUCAGCUGAAGUCGAGCGGCAGUCCAUUACUCGUUCCAUUUUCAAGGACGAUAGAAGGAUGAACGAAGCUAUGACUAUACUCGACACUUCUAAGCCUACCAUAGCACGCGUGCGAGCUCAGCCCACAUGGACAGAAUCAGAAUUAUUGGAAGCACAGAAAGAGCAUGCUCAAAUGCUUGCUUAUCGCACACUUGCAAUUCCUUCAGGCAGGGGCCUAAUAUACUUCAGUGCUCGGGUCCCUCUGCUAACGCAGAAAUGGCAUCUCCCUGGGUUCAACCUGACCUGCGUGAUGAAACCCGACAACAAUACUGUUAACGCGGACAAAGCAGCCUUCUCUGAAGAAAAGAUUGGAUGGGCUUUCUUCCACUCGGGAGUCUCUGCAGGGCUCAGUAUAUCCCGCGACGCAAAAGGCAUAGAUACGUCGUGGAUCUUAUACAACAAGCCGAUUCCAGACUUAAACAAUCGACACGCUGGUUUCUUGCUAGCCUUAGGACUGAAUGGCCAUUUGAAGACUUUGGCAAAGUGGGUAGCAUUCAAAUACCUAACGCCAAAGCAUAACAUGACCUCGAUUGGUCUGUUGCUCGGUUUAGCUGCCUCAUACAUCGGUACGAUGGACUCACUCAUUACAAGACUGUUGUCUGUUCAUGUCACACGUAUGCUGCCUCCAGGUGCCGCAGAGCUCAACCUUUCACCACUGACACAGACAACUGGAAUUAUGGGCAUUGGUCUCUUGUACUGCAAUACGCAACACCGCCGUAUGAGUGAAAUCAUGGUCUCGGAGAUCGAACAUAUUGACACUGAGAUAGAUGAGGAGCCACUGCGAAAUGAAGGGUAUCGACUCGCGGCAGGUUUUGCACUGGGAUUCAUCAAUUUGGGCAAAGGCUCUGAUCUUCGUGGACUGCACGACAUGCGACUUACUGAACGAUUACUAACACUUGCUGCUGGGAGUAAGAAGGUGGACCUUACUCAUGUACUGGACAAAGCAACAGCAGCGGCUGUGAUUGCGAUUACCCUUAUUUUCAUGAAGUCGGAAAACUACGUCUUGGCAAAGAAGAUCGAUGUCCCAGAUUCUCUUUUGCAAUUCGAUUAUGUUCGCCCUGACAUAUUCCUUCUGCGAACAUUAGCUCGGCAUCUCAUCAUGUGGAAGCACAUAGGGGAUUCACAUUUCUGGAUCAAAAGCAAUUUGCCGGUGCCCUAUCGCGAUAAGAGCGAGCUUGAAAAUAUCACCUUCCUGACAAGUUCGGACCUACCAUUCUACAACAUCGUCACUGGACUCUGUUUCAGCAUUGCACUUCGUUUCGCAGGAUCGGCAUCUCUGCCUGUUCGCAACCUGUUGAUCCAUUACCUCGAUCAGUUCAUGAGGAUUUGUCGGUUAGACGCAGAUACAUUUGACAAGAAGCUUGCAAGGAACACGGUCCGGAAUUGUCAAGAUCUUGUGGCCCUUUCGCUGGCUACCGUCAUGGCUGGUACUGGAGAUCUCGAAGUCUUCCGAAGACUACGUUCAAUGCAUGGUCGUGACGACAGCGAGACACCAUAUGGCAGUCAUCUUGCCGCUCACUUAGCACUUGGUGCCUUGUUCCUUGGUGGUGGCACGUUCACUUUUGGCACCUCAAAUUUAGCCAUUGCUGCACUGGUGGUGGCAUUUUACCCGAUAUUCCCGUCUUCAGUACAAGACAACAAGUCACACCUCCAAGCAUUCCGCCAUUUCUGGGUCAUGGCAGCGGAACCUCGUUGCCUUGUAGCCAGAGAUAUCGAUACCAAUCAACCUGUACCCGUUCCAAUAAUUAUUACCACACGAGGCGGUGAUCAUACUCGGCGUCAUACGCCUUGUCUACUACCAGAAUUGGAUCAAAUCAAUACCGUGCGCACGGAUAGCCCUGAGUACUGGAACAUAGUACUUGAUCUCCAGAAGAACGAAACGCAUAUCGCUGCAUUCAGAUCUACACAGACCAUAUACGUUCGUCGACGACCAGCUCAUGACGCCACUACUUCGCCAUUCCAAUCCACAUUACAGGCUUUGAAUGAUGCGACUACAAAUACCUCUCAUGCUCUCGAGUGGAUCUUCGAGCUACCUGCUUUUGCAUCUCUCACAAAAGCAGAACGAGCUUUGGUCCUUCCGCCUAAUCAUGGUGGUGCUACUGAUGUACAUGCUGGUACAUCGGAGACUGUCGUCGAUGCACGAUUGGUCCUGGAGCAUGCGACUCUUGAAAGUGGCAAGAAGGAUCGUCUGUUAGGUUUACGAUUGUUGUUUGAAUGGGCUGAUCAAGCCACGAGCGAAGGAAGAGAUGUGCAAUGGAUUAGGAGGGAGGUGCUAGAGAAGCUGAAGGCUAAAGUGUGGAUGAUGGCUUCUGAGUAAAAGACUUGGGCAGCAUCGAUUGGAGUUUGGUUUGGCUCGUGCAUGCAUUUUGAGCGAAGGUGGGAAGGUGCAUUCUGGGAGCUUUGAUGCCGAAAUUCAAUGUCUAGGAGAUGAUGGGUCAAUGAGAAAAUGAUAUACGAUCGCUUAGCCAUUUCCUUUGCACGUG